AUGGCACCCCCUUCGCAGAUCAAUGCGGUGGUGAUCAUCAAACCCGGAACGGCUGAGGUCAAGACGGUACCCCUCCCAGAGCUUCCGGAUGACUACAUUCUCGUCCGCACCACGGCUGUGGCUCUCAACCCAACCGACUGGAAGCACAUCGAAAGAGAUGCAGAUGCCGUGGGGGCCCGUGUAGGCUGUGAUUACGCCGGCAUCGUCGAGCAGGUCGGACCGAAGGUAAACAAGCCGUUUGCCAAGGGCGACCGUAUCUGCGGUAUCGCUCACGGUGCCAACUCGCUGCGGCUCGACAGCGGUGCUUUUGGGGACUACAUCAUCGUCAAAGGCGACUUGCAAAUCAAGAUCCCUGACAAUCUCAGCAACGAGGAGGCCGCCACGCUGGGCGUCGCCAUCAGCACAGUGGGUCAAGGUCUCUAUCAGGCCCUCCAGCUCCCCCUCCCGGGCACCCCCGAAGCCGCCUCUCCCAGCAACCCACCCACCGAGAUCCUCAUCUACGGCGGCAGCACCGCCACGGGGCUGGUCGGCAUCCAGUUCGCCAAGCUAUCGGGGUACCGCGUGGCGACGACGUGCUCGCCAUCCAACUUCGAGUACGUCAAGGCGCUGGGGGCGGACGCGGCGUUCGACUACCGGUCGCCCACCGUCGUGGACGACAUCAAGGCGUGGAGCCGCGACCCGGACGCGCUGACCCUGGCCUGGGACUGCAUCGCCAUUGACGGCGCCGCGGAGAUCUGCGCCGCGGUGCUGAGCCGCUCCCGUUCGAGCCACUACCGCGCGCUGCUGAGCGUUGAGGAUGAGGCGAUCACGGCGGUGAAUGAGAAGGUGGAUAAUGGGGCGACGCUGGGGUAUACGAUUCUGGGGGAGGAGAUUAAAAAGGGGGGGAGGGAUAUCCCGGCGAUUCCGGAGGAUUAUGAGUUUGGGAAGAAGUUCUGGGAGGUGUCGAGUGGGUUGUUGGCCGAGGGGAAGAUUAAGCCUGCUAGGACGGAUGUCAACCGCGGUGGGAAGGGCUUGGAGGGUGUGUUGGUGGGGUUGGAGGAGCUGAAGGCAGGGAAGGUCAGUGGCGUCAAGUUGGUGUAUACUCUCUGA